AUGGCAACAAAAAAAAUCGAACAAAACCACGAGCACGGCCCCGAACGGUCGGUCACCAACGCAGCCGGCGGUAACCCGAGCGACAUCGAAGGCCAAGGGCCAGAAAACGAGACUUCGAAUCCAUCCCAAACUUCAAACGAGAUCCCCCAAGCGCACAACACCACCGAAGUCAUGGGAAAGCCCGGCCAGCAACCACGGGUCGUCGAGUUCGCACCGGGGGACCCGGAGAAUCCAAUGAACUGGUCGCCUGCCCGGAAGUGGUUCAUCACCUUCAUCGUCACGACAUCCAUUCUAGCCAUUACACUGACCUCGUCCGCCUACUCGUCGUCAGGACCGGAGGUCAUAGCCGAGUUCAACUCCAACUCUGAAAUAUUCGCCUUGGGUAUCGCUCUGUUUGUGCUAGGCUUUGCGGUAGGACCGGCCUUUUGGGCGCCGCUUUCCGAGUUGUACGGCCGUCAGAUUCUGUUUGUCACCACUCACGCUGUGGUUGUGGCGUUUGUGGCAGCUUCGGCGGGUUGCAACUCGAUGGCCUCGCUGCUGGUGUUUCGAUUCCUGUCGGGUACCUUUGGGGCUUCACCGAUGACCAACUCGGGUGGUGUGAUUGCCGACCUGUUCCCACCGGCCCAGCGUGGUCUCGCCAUGACCAUCUUUGCGGCUGCUCCCUUCAUGGGCCCCGUUCUCGGUCCCGUGAUCGGAGGCUUCAUCACCAUGACUAUCGGCUGGCGCUGGGUCCACGGCGUCUGUAGCAUCUUCAUCGGGGUUAUCUGGAUCGCUGGGUCACUGCUACUCCCGGAGACAUACGGGCCAGUCCUGUUGCAAAGAAAAGCCAAGGCUCUUACGAAGGAGACCGGAUACCCCCACGUCAGCGUGCUCGAGGUGCAAGCCAAGACCUCGAAACCAUCCGAAAUCUUUAGCCGGGCCCUGAAACGGCCUUGGAUUCUUCUCUUUCUCGAACCCAUCGUCCUCAUCUCAUCAACGUACCUCGCCAUUCUCUAUGGCAUCAUAUACAUGUUUCUAGGCGCCUUCCCCAUCGUGUACCAACAGCAGCGCGGCUGGAGCCCCGGCAUCGGCGGUCUGGCCUUUUUGGGCCUCGCAGUGGGCAUGAUCAUCGGCCUGGCCUACACCAUCUACGACAACAAACGGUACACCAAGCUCGGCAAGACAGCCACCCCAGAGUCUCGACUGCCCCCAGCUCUGAUCGGAGCCCUUGUACUACCAGCAUCCAUGUUCGCAUUCGCGUGGACCAACAAUCCCGGCAUCCACUGGUCAGCCAGCAUCAUCCUCUCGGCACCCUUCGGCUUCGGUUGUGUUCUCGUCUUUCUCUCCUGUCUCAACUAUCUCCUUGACGCCUACACGUUGUACGCCGCGUCCGUGCUAGCGGCGGGCGCUAUUCUCCGGUCAUUGUUCGCGACCGCUUUCCCGUUGUUUGUGAGCAAAAUGUACGCCAACCUCGGUAUUCACUGGGCGAGUUCGAUCCCGGCGUUCCUGACGGUGUUGUGCAUGCCGUUUCCAUUCCUAGCGUACAAGUAUGGCGCCGCAAUAAGGAUGAAAUGCAAGUAUGCUGCGGAGGCCGCGUUGAUGCUGGCGAAGAUGCGUGGUGCUGAGUCAGCCGGUAGUGCCGAGGAAGAGAAGUAG